CCGUCUAUUUGUUUUGUACCGAGGCAUUGGAAUUAAAAGCACAUUCGGAUAUGCUAUUCCCGAUCGCCGACCCAUUUCCUGAAGAACCACUGACCUUAUCUGGGGAAGAGGAGUUCGGAUUCUUUACUGCCAGCCUUGGGACGCAACUCAACAAUUCUCGCUGUAAUAUCCUGAGAAAGCUGAGGAGGGACCCCUCGGUUUUCCUCUAUUUGCUAGGCUUCAGAUUCUCUAGCGGCUAAGAAGCUAAGAUAUUGAUCAUACCGUACCAUAAAAACUCUGACUGUUCAUGCUACAAAAGGUCAUCACAGCGGCCACCUGCUGUUGGAGGCCAUAGAAAUUAUUGCUGAAUCAAUCAAGACACCUCUUCGAGACUAUCAUCGCUCAAGUUGCGGAAACCUUGACUCUGUUGCAUGCCACAAACAUCAUAUACACAGGUAGGUAUAGCAAUUACGCUGACGCAACGUAUUGUCCUUUCUACUGAAAUAGACCUCAAGCCCAACAACGUACUAUUUGACGAGGGGAGCGCCAUGACGGAGGAGAAUUUUUCUGAGAAGAUCCUUACGAGGCCCCGAAAGCGUGAUGAAUACUUUGGUCAGUGCAUCCUUCCUCGUAGCGUCCACUCCAUUGAACACGGUUGGAUCAUAUCAGGGAAGUUACUGCGUAUCGACCGACUGUCUCCGAGGACUCUCGAGAGCGAGAUGAUCAAGUACGGUCUGUUGGAAGCAGAAGCGAUUGCCGCUGCAGCGUUCAUCCAUGCGUGCUUGCACUUUGAUCCAGAAGAACGAUAUCCGGCCAGUGACUUGCUUGAACAUCCAUGACUGGAGUCUGCAUAUA